AACAUUCCUUUCAUUCCGAACGUCUAAAAGUCACAAUCCGAAUCCCGGUCUAAAUACAGGUCGAAUAUCGAAUCCAAAUUUUAAUCUUUUGUUAGCAGCCGCGCCAAUCCGGUCCGCAGCGAUCCAAAGAUGUCCGAUCGGUUCAACAUCCACGAAGUCUUCAACAGCCAGACCAUGCGUGGUCGCGCCAAUGUAGCCAAGGCCACCUGGGCGUCGUUGGGACUCGUCUACGUCCUGGUCAAGAUGCAUCGCCGCAACUCGAAGCGGCGCGAGACGAAGCUCUACUGCAAGGGCUGCCAGCAGGCCAUGCUCCAUGGCUAGGGCGCCGAUGCUGCGGGACAUGGGUCCCCACCCCUCCGACCCGUUCGAUCCCUCAGCAAUCCAUAACUAGCUAUAAUCCGCACCCCCUUUCCGGUUCCCGAUGGGACCAAACUCAUGUACCUAAUUGAGCCAAUAAAAAUCGAU